CUCUCGUGAGUUGAAAGCUCUGGAUGCCUGAAAAGCUCUGGUGCUGAGUCCGAAGUGGAUGCUCGUGACGGCAGUCUGGAAUCAAAGAAGCGCAGAACACAGGCAGGGGACCAGGGAUGGUGGCGAUGGCAAACUGGCGCUGGGGACGGGACGAGAGUGGUGAUGCUGGCGGUUAUUUACUUUUUAUUUGGCUGUCCCAUCGGCACGUGAUGCGCUACCCUGGCGAUUGUCGCUGGCACGGCCCCGUAGUGAGUCUGGUUCCCUGCGCGGGGCGUCGUCACCAAUCCAGCCCUGCGUACGCCGCGGGCUUUGUGCCAGGUUGCCGCCAUUCUGGUACAACGUCUGCGCCAGCAGGGAAUGUGGAUUCUGGGCUGACACCACAACCUACUGGCUGGGGGCCGUUUCAGACACGCCUGGUGGAACGCGUAGCCCCUCGCGGAGACGACAGGCCUAGGCUAGCCGAGCCAGUGCCCCCACGACUGAAAAACAUCCCUACUGCUUCUCUCUCCUCUUCCUACCAGUGCUGGCUUCCAGCCGUGUCCGGUGCGACCCACGCUGGAACUGCCUGGAACGGUGCGACGCUAUAACUGCCCCACUGGACCUUCCGUGCGACACCCACGCAAUGCGACAUGUUGCACGCCCGCGACAUUGGCUGCUCCCUCUGGUAUAACCGC